GGAGCGAACUAAAGGGAAGGGCGAGACGGCUCACUACGCAGCCACAGCUCCUUCCGCCAUUCAUCCAGACAGUCGACUGAGCCCGGAGGACCAGGACCCAGCCGCCAAAGAACCAGAGCCCGUCGUCAGUUGAGCUUCCCCCCCCCGUUUCUUCGCCAGACUACCCCCGGACACGCAACGCAGCGACAACAUGCGUGAAAUCGUGCAUCUGCAGGCCGGCCAAUGCGGUAACCAGAUCGGAGCAAAGUUCUGGGAGGUGAUCAGUGAUGAGCAUGGCAUCGACCCAACCGGAAGUUACCAUGGCGACAGCGACCUGCAGCUGGACAGAAUCAAUGUCUACUACAACGAGGCCUCAGGUGGGAAGUACGUGCCCAGAGCCAUCCUGGUGGAUCUGGAGCCCGGCACCAUGGACUCUGUUCGCUCGGGCCCCUUCGGACAGAUCUUCAGACCCGACAACUUUGUCUUUGGCCAAAGCGGCGCUGGUAACAACUGGGCCAAGGGCCACUACACGGAGGGGGCCGAGCUGGUGGACUCCGUCAUGGACGUCGUGAGGAAGGAGGCUGAGAGCUGCGACUGCCUGCAGGGUUUCCAGCUCACACACUCGCUGGGAGGUGGGACCGGUUCUGGUAUGGGAACUCUGCUCAUCAGCAAGAUCCGCGAGGAGUACCCUGACCGCAUCAUGAACACCUUCAGUGUGGUGCCCUCUCCUAAGGUGUCGGACACGGUGGUGGAGCCCUACAACGCCACGCUGUCCGUCCACCAGCUGGUGGAGAACACGGACGAGACCUACUGCAUCGACAACGAGGCCCUCUACGACAUCUGCUUCCGCACCCUGAAGCUCACCACGCCCACCUACGGAGACCUCAACCACCUGGUGUCCGCCACCAUGAGCGGCGUGACCACGUGCCUGCGCUUCCCCGGGCAGCUCAACGCCGACCUGCGCAAGCUGGCCGUGAACAUGGUGCCCUUCCCCCGCCUGCACUUCUUCAUGCCGGGCUUCGCCCCCCUCACCAGCCGGGGCAGCCAGCAGUACCGCGCCCUCUCCGUGCCCGAGCUCACGCAGCAGAUGUUCGACGCCAAGAACAUGAUGGCCGCCUGCGACCCGCGCCACGGCCGCUACCUGACCGUGGCCGCCGUGUUCCGCGGCCGCAUGUCCAUGAAGGAGGUGGACGAGCAGAUGCUGAACGUGCAGAACAAGAACAGCAGCUACUUCGUGGAGUGGAUCCCCAACAACGUCAAGACCGCCGUGUGCGACAUCCCGCCCCGCGGCCUCAAGAUGGCCGCCACCUUCAUCGGCAACAGCACGGCCAUCCAGGAGCUGUUCAAGCGCAUCUCCGAGCAGUUCACCGCCAUGUUCCGCCGCAAGGCCUUCCUCCACUGGUACACCGGCGAGGGCAUGGACGAGAUGGAGUUCACGGAGGCGGAGAGCAACAUGAACGACUUGGUGUCCGAGUACCAGCAGUACCAGGACGCCACCGCCGAGGAGGGCGAGUUCGAGGAGGAGGGCGAAGAGGAGGUGGCCUAAAGAUCAAGUCUCACAUCAUUCCUCAACUCGUCAUAACUCCAUCCAACCCGCGGUCCAACUAACUCCCUCCUGUAAACCCACUGUGUGUUUGCCCGGUUCCUCUCAACACGUUAAUAACUCAGCGCUCGAAUAGUUAGUUCACACAGCUGUGCUUUUUGUUGGUAGCUUUCUGUCUAAGUUCAUUUAUCACUACGAGUCAAACCGUACCUGGGCCAAGUAUUCAAUGAAACCGUUCAACGCAAAUUUGAUCACUUGUCAAAUUUGGCAUUGAUUGUAAUAAAUUUGUUGGAAAAAAAAUGAA